UUUACUACAACGUUUAAGGUAUUAAUUAAUCAAAGACAGCAAAUAUUCUCUCUCUGAUCCUCUCUUUCUUUUUCUUGUUUGGCCUCCUUCUUCAUAUACCUCUCAUUUCCUCAACCUCUUCUUCUUUUCUUAUUUUUCUUCAUCUUCAUUUUUCAUCAAUGGAGUUAUAGCCCAAAGAAAAAAAGAAAUAAAAAGAGGUUGAGUUUAAAUUUCAUAAUUAAAAGGGAAAACAAAUGGCAACAUCAUUAAGGGGAAAUGCAGGUAGUAAGGAAAAGAGGGGAACAUCUCCUUCAAGUUCUAUCAUGAAGAGAUCUCCUAAACCUUCCACUUCUUCCCCAAGUGAUGAACAAUCCAAUCCUCCUGCAGAGUCUAACAAACCUGUCCCUAACUAUCUCAAACCUACCAUAAGCUCGAGCCACGAUCACUCUAGGGUCCCUAGGAAACCGAUCACAGACACCUCCUCGAAACCAACUCUCAAUAGGAGGAGAUCCUUCGAACGCCCUCCACCCUCAUCCCAGGUUCAGAGGGCUGUUCGAGGUCUCCCUAGUGGGACCCGCGAUGUUAAGCCUCUAAGAUCAACUUCCUUUUCAAACAAAUCAACCGCUUCUUCUGCCUCCUCCUCAAGGCCAACCUCGGAGAAGCUGUUUGCUAGGACCUCAAGUUUGAAGGAUGGGAAGGUGGACCCACAAUUGUCUAGGUCUAGGAGUACCAAAAGGAGUGGAUUGUCAUCAUCAACAAGUACAAAGAAAGAACCAACAUCUUCAUCUUCUUCCACUAAGAAGGCUCCUAAGAGUGUAAACUCGGAGUCAAGUGUCGAGUAUGAGAAUCGUGCAUCAGUUGAUCAUUUGGCUAUCGAGGAUGACUUUGUCAAUAUUGAUGAUCAUGAAGUUGAGUCUCUUCCUGAAAUGUCAGAGAUGCCUGAAAGCAACAAGGAACUAGCUGACCCUACUAAUAUAGAAAUGGAGGAAGCAGUUCAGCAUACUCCAGAGGCUCCAAAGGAAGCCAGUCUUGAAGAAGAUCAUCAGCAAGACGAGGAUAAGUCAACGUUUGUUGUUGAUCAGACUGUGGAAGAAUCAGCUGAUCAUCAGCCAGAGGUUGAGGCCGCGGGAGAACAGACUCUUGUAGACAAUGCAGAGGAACUUCAUCAGCAAGAUGAGGCUGACAAAAAGGUAACUGAAAUGGCGGAGCCUGUUGAGCCGGUAGUAGAUGAAAAGAAGGAAGAAGAAGCAGCAGCAGCAGCAGCAGUGGAUGUAGUAGAGGCUGAAAAGGAAGAGGUCGAUAAAGAAGCAAAAGAUGAGAAUCAAACUGUUAGCAGUCCACCUGCAGAUGCUGCGACUGCGCCUGUGAAAACACAGGCAGCUUCAGCAGGGAAGAAAGAUAAGCAAGUUUAUAAUGAUGUGAUUGAAGAAACUGCAACCAAGCUUAGGGGAAAGAAGAACAAGGUUUUGGCAUUAGCUGGAGCUUUUGAAACCGUCAUUUCUUUGCAAGACACUAACAAGAGCUGAUCAUCAUCAAUCAUCGACCGUCAUACAUAUACAUACAAAUAUACAUACACAUGCACAUUCUUGGAGAUGAUUUUGGAUUGAGAGGAAGAGAGGAUAAAAAAAGUUUUAUUCAUUGAUUAAUCUGUCUAUUAUUUUUCCCUUUUAAUUAAUUGUUUUUCUUUUUCUGUAUUAGAUCGGCUGUUUUUUGAGGUUGGAAAACUGGGUAACAGUUUGCUUUUGCUUCUGUUGAUUCAUGGAUGCAAUGUCGUACAAAUUAUACUAAAGCUGAUUGAACUCUU